CAAUCGGCGCGGCGGCGCGUGCGCAGUGCCGGCGUGACGGUGUCGCGCGGGACGCACGGACGGACAGACGGGCGCGGGAGGGGCUCGGCCGGGGCUCGGCCGGGGCUCGGCGGCCCCGCAGCGCAGGUGGAAACAAUGGAGGAUGACUUUGAGGCUUCGUGCACACCCCCAUUUCUCACUGAGAGCUUGGAGAUGGCAAUGGAAGUGGAGAAGGAGAAGCCACCUUGUUUUUCUUGUGCUUUUGACAACCAAAAUGGAGGGAGAAACUUCUCUACAGAGUCUUAUUUAGCAAAUGGGUCUCUUAAGAGGGUUUUGCUGAGACUAGAUCCUUCUCCAAAUAACUAUGAAGAAGAUGUAGUGGAAAUGUUUGGCUUUCAGUGGGUUACUGAAAUGGCAUUAGUUGAAUCCUGUGAAUUUCUCUUUGGAUUACUUAGGCAACAGAUAUGCAGACUGGAGAACCUAGUACAAAUGAGUUCAUCUGAUUUUGGUCAAGCUGCAAACUUGCAUUCUGAAGCAGAGAGCAUCAGGCAUCAGUGUAUUGAGUUUUUGCAUUAUGUGAAAGUUUUCAUCUUCAGGUAUCUGGAACCCCCUAAAGUGGAAAAUGAUGGAAUGCUGCAUCCAUAUGAAGAGCUAGAAGCGCAGUUACCGUCAGUAUUGGUGGAAGAGCUUCAUGCUUUGACUAUGCACAUUGGUCACCUUUGUGAACUCCCUAGUAAUGUCCUGGCAGCAUUUACUAUUCAACAUCAGGCAAAGGUCUUUCCCCCAUCAUGGCAUUUACUACAUCUUCACUUGGAUAUUAAUUGGCUAAUACUGGAAAUUCUUCAUGUACUAGGUGAAAAAAUGAUGAGACAAGUUGUAUAUGCUAACCAUUUCAUAAAUCUAACCGGAGAGAAUUUAACCAGUAUCAGUUUAUUUGAAAAACACUGUGAAAAUCUCGUAUCUGAUUUAGUAAGCCUGUCCAUCAACAAGUAUACAAAGGUGCGACCUUCUGAGGCUCUUACUAGUCACCAUUAUCCCUGUACCUGCAUUAAAGAACUAUGGAUUCUACUUAUUCAGCUGCUGGACCACAGAAAUAAAGGGUCUCAUACAGAGUGUUUCUGGAGCUUGGUGAACAAAACUCUAAAGAAUAUCUUUGAAAGGCCAAGUAGUUCAGAAAGGAUGUCCGAUUUUGAAGCAGUUCAAUGUAAAGACCCAUUGAGUUUUAGCUGGUGGAUUGUUAGUCAUCUGGCAUCACUCUACCAGUUUGACCGUAAUGGAAAUCUAGAUGAAAAGAAACAGAAGGAAUCCAAUUGGAAAUUUGUGGAAGAACUCCUUAAAAAAUCCACUGAUGCUCAAACUGGUGUGUUAGAGGAACACUUAAGAAUGCAUCUUCAGUGCUGUUUGACUUUGUGUAGUUUCUGGGAUUUGAACCUAUCUAUUGUCACCAUACUCUGGGAUUAUUACAGCAAGAAUCUGAACAGUGGCUUUACUGUUCCUUGGCUUGGUCUGAAGGAUCUGGCAAAUGUUAGUAAGACUUCUUUGUCAAUGCUUGAGUUGGUGAAACGUUGCUGCUGCGAACAACAGAUCCCUUCUCUGUACAAGUCCAGCAACAGUUACUUCAUUUUUCUCUGCAUUUUGGCACGGAUGAUGAAAGAAGAAAACAGUGGCAUGCACCCUUGGAAACAAAUUAAAGGACGAAUUUAUUCCAAGUUCCAUCGCAGAAGAAUGCAGGAGCUAACAGAAGUGGGGCUGCAGAACUUUUUUAACCUGUUCCUCAUGCUAGCAAUCGUUGCGGAGACAGAAGAUAUAGUGAGUCGAGUGUUGGAUCUUUUGGAUUUCCUGGCUCCAUCCUCCAUCACUGUGUCUCAGAGAGCUCUCAUCUGGAGAGGUCAUUUUGCUUUCCUUUUGAUUUAUGUUGAAAAGAACAUGGACAUUAGUGUCCUAGCUGAGAAAAUCUCAAGUGCUUUCCGUGAGAAGGCAAAGGAGUUUUUAGUAAACAAAAAUGACUACACACAGAGACACAAUCUCUGGACUCUACUUUCGACCUACAUUGAUGGUGUCCAGGAAGUGUUUGAGACUAGCUGCUACUUGAGCCUUUCUGAGGAAAAGUUGCUAAAUGAUGGCUUUACUAUGCUGCUGCCUGCUUGUCAAGGAGCUGAGCUGAGCAUGGUCCUGAAUUUUCUUCAGGUUGUACUAGCCAGACUUCGGAGUGUGCAUGAACGUGUAAGCCAGGGGCUUCAGCUGGGGAACAUAGUCCCAGACGCACAGCUUCCAUUAGUGGCUAAAGAGCACCACCUUGCUGUCGCCAGUGCUCUCUGGAGAAAUUUCUUUCCCUACUUGAAGAGCCAGAGAAUGUCACAGAUGCCCCCUUCCCCUCAGCUUGCUGAUACAGCUGCAGGUUUUACUCUCUUAGCUUUGGAUAUACCCAGCAAAGCCCUUUCAGAUCUCCAGCCACAGCCUGUUCUAUCAAUGAUGCAGCUGUUUGGAUGGGACGACAUGGUGUGGCCUCAGCUAGUGGCAAGAUAUCUAAGUCAUCUCAUUCAAAACAGUUCACUGCGUGAAGCUUUUUCUAGUAUGGGAUAUACAUCCUAUGAAGCUCUGACAGUACGUUCUUGGUUUCGAUGCGUUUUGCAAAUGUUCAUAGAUCAACCAAGUGGUGUUCUGGCCAAGACAGAUGCUGAGCGAACAGUUGGGAAAGCCUAUAUGGAGCAGCUGACUGAAAUGACAAGACUGAUUUUUAAACUCUCAGAAGUAGAAAACAUUCUUUCAAAGGCUCAUGUUGAAGAAUCAGUUUUCAAGCAAGACCCAAAAUAUGCUCUGGUCCAGUUCAUUAAGGCUGUUGGUAGAACUUACAGUGGCCUUCAGACACUCCCUGAGAAAUCUGCCAUGGUAGCAAAGACUCUGGAGUAUUUAGGUGAUGUAUUAAAGUAUGUAAAACCUUAUCUGAAGGCAAAAGGACCUCCAGAAGGUCUGCAGCUUACGUAUUGGAUCAUAGGAUGUCUGGUAAAGUUCUGGGCACCAAUACUGGCUACUUCCAAGGCACAGCAACUGUUGUUUCGCAUUGUGGAUUGCUUAUUGCUGCCACACUCUGUGCUCCAGCAGGACAAAGAGCUGCCUGUGGCUUUGCUGUCUGCCAUUCAGGAAAGCCUGCCUCUUUAUCUUCAGGGCCUGUCCUUCAUAUGCUGUCAGUCUCAAACACAGGGUGCCUAUUUAAAUCAACUCCUUGGGAGCAUUAUUCGACACUAUUUUGGACGAUUCCUCCCUUCUUCUCCGACUGUGCCUGGUACUGGACAGCAUCCUAUGCUGACUGCCUUAUGCAGUUCCAUUACAGCCCCACAGAUGCUCCGUCUACGGAAGACCACUUUGCAUGUCGUAAAGGAAAACUACAUGCAGUUCAAAGGCAAUGCUCCACCUCCUCGCUUGGCCUCCGUUCUUGCUUUCAUUCUUGAAGUACUUCAGAGAACCAAGAGCACUGAACUGUGUGACAUUGAAUUAGUUCUCCCAUCUGUGUUGAAAUGCAUGGUAUUGGUUAACGAGCUACAAGUUAAAAAAAUAUCUACAGACAUUGUACAGAACAUGGUAGAAGGCUGCCAAGCAGGGUCAGGAGGGGAACAUGCCACCCAGCUGACUUCUGUAUUUAGGCAGUUUAUCCAGGACUAUACCGCUGUCUAUGAUCACCGGGUUUUCAGCAUACUAGAAACAGUGGCAGUCUUGGAUCAGAUGUUAGUUACCAGCCUGAUUCCCACAAUCACACAGUCUCUGAAGGAUUUGGAGUACAAACAAGGUCUUGGAAGAAAUGCUGCACAGAGAGAAGCCUAUAAAAGACUCUUAUCUUACCUCGCAGAGGCUGGACAAAAUGAGAUACAAAAACUGGAAAAUGAGACAGAUUAGCAGUGUGCUGGUGAUUAAUUCUUUCCUCUCGGAUGUUGUGACACUGUCAAUACCUAAAACUAUACAACACAGUAGACAAGUUUUUUAUCUUACAAUGGAAAGACAUUUAUCACUUUUGUGGUUGUUUUUUUCCCCCAAUUUAUGUAUUAAUUUAAAAAAUCUCGGUGGUAUUUUUUAAUAUUGUCAUGCAUCUGAAGAUUAACUCAAUAUACUGAUGGAUGGCAACUGAAAGAUACAGCUAAUUUAUUACAUAUUUAAAUGUCUAUAUGAACAGAGCCUGUAUUGCAACAUACAAGACAGGAUUUCAAAGAAUUAAUUUCACAACUCAGUUCACAUUGAGACCUGUCCCUCUUAACAGUGUACUUUUGAAAAUCUUAUUCAGUCUGUCCGUAAGAAAAACUUAACUUUGUACUUUCUAAUUUAUUAUUUUAGCAGAAUAAGAAAAACCUGUGCUCUCUAGUACAGAACUUGUUGAAUGCAGUGUAUUCACUAGGAGUUAUGCCAGUAUGAUGGAGCUAGUGUUGUUAAGAGAGAGCUUGUGUUUAUGUUGCACAGAAUGUAUAUAGUUGUCUUAAUCUUCCACCUGUAUUAAAACAUUUAAGUCUUUCAGAUUCCAGUGUAAAAUCUCUCUGUUGUCUUUGUGGGUAAUAUAAGAAAAGGUAGGUUCAUAUUUCCCGUUCUCUCCCUUUUCAAUACUAUGUUCUUAAAAUUAACCCAUAAUUUCCAGGGAUCCUAUGAUCUUUUCAUUAGCCGUGACACUGUUAAUUAUCCACUUAAGUUAGACUAAGCGUGAGGGAAAAAGAAGAGAGGAUAAACUUCUAAUGGAAAUAAUCAUCAUUUGAUCAUAGGCUAAUCAUUAUUCCUGUUUGCCUGAAAAGUUGGAUUUUUCAAAUAUUUUGCCAUGUUACGGAUUUUUCCAGGAUGGAUCUAGCUCUGUAACUUUUUCUGUAUUUUUUUUCCCUAAAGUUCUCAGGGAACUUUUAUUAAUGGCUGUGGUAUCCACAUUUUUCACUUCCCUCGAUAAUCAGUAUUUCCGAAACUACUUACUGGACUUUGGGAGUGGUAAGUCUGCCCUUAAUGGCAAUACCGGUGAGCAGGCUCUUACUUUUAAAGUUAUUCACAUUUUAACUUUACGGUGUUAAUGGGAAGGAAGGAUUAUUUUUGUGUCUAAUAGCUCCACAAAAAUCCCUAAAAUCUUGUUCAGAACAGCUCCUCUUUCGUCACAGUAAUCUUAUCAAGUUGAACUAGAUAAUCUUCUUGCCUAAAUCGGCUAUCGGUACUUCAGAUAAUGCAGUAACUAAAAGCCUCUUUAGGCUACUUAACAGUGCAGAACAUAGAGGUUCUUUUCAUUAUGAAAGUGACUUAUUGAAUUUGCAUUGUAGCUUCCUGUAAGCUUCUGUACCUGGGAGGAGUUUUAUUCAUCUCAGGAGGACUGUGCUGCUAAAAUGCUUUUUUCUUAAAAAAAAAAAAAAAAAAAAAAAGAAUACCCCCCCUCUCAAGAGAGAUUGAGAUGUCUCUGGAUUUGAGUCCCACUACCCAGUAGAUUACAGAACGAAUGCCUUACUGUAGUAUGACUUCCUAAAAGUAAAAACUGUGACUUUUAAAGGAUGGAGCAGAUAUUACAACAAAGCAUUUAAUGAUGUGUUUAGUAGGUUGUUAAAGACAUAUUUAAUACUCUCUCUAGUGGUUGGAAGUUUCUGAAAAAGCGACAGGACUUUAUGUAAAUGCACAGCAGCUCCUGGUGCAUGAGAAACUAAUUUAAACAGUUUGGAAAUUAUCAUUCUUCUCUGUCACAAAGUUAAUGUGAGCAGAAAUACUGCAUUUUGCAUCAUAUUCAUCAACCACUGCCAAAAAUGGGCAAUCUGGUUUGGUCUAUUUAUUUGGUACGGACAUUUGCAGAUAUGACUGAUAGUUCUGAUAAUAUUAAUGAGAGGAAGGCUUGCAAAGUGCUAGACUAGGCUGACUUACCAAGCAUAUACCAAAACAACAAUCCAAAACCAAUUAGGAGGAAAGAAGAAAAUCCUGAUUUUAAGUACAAUAUAGAAAAAAAAAACCUGAAAAUUAAAUUAUAUAUUAUGUCUUGUUAGACAUAAUAUAUAUGUCUAACAUACAUACUGUCUGUAUAAAAGAUGCUUAAGACAAUGAACAUUAUUUAAAUUAAACCUUUCUGUAAUAUUUUACAUAAGAACAGUUUGGUUUAAAAACUAAAAGAGGGUAGAUUCAGACUGGUUAUAAGGAAGAAAUUUUUUAUGAUGAGAGUGGUGAAACACUGGAACAGGUUUCCCAGAGAGGUAGUAGAUGCCCCAUCCCUGGAAACACUGAAGGUCAGGUUGCAUGAGACUCUAUAAGCAGCCUAAACCAGUUGAAGAUACCCCUGCUUAUUGCAGGGGGGUUGGACUAGAUGACCUUUAAAGGACCCUUCCAACACGAACCAUUCCAUGAUUUACAGACCUUGUUGACGUAUUUGCUUAAAUAUUCAAACAUUACCCUUUAACUACAUUUGGACAGAUGGACAUUGCUGUAGUUCUUUUACCCAGCUCAUUCAGGCUUCUGUGUCCUCUCACAGGUUUGGAGCAACACCAUUCCUAACAACCCUACUGGGGUCUUUCCUUCAUUCUCUUCUUUCCGGCCGGUGCCUGCCCACAGAUGCUGCUGCAGGAGGCAGUGCUGACCAUCAACCUGCUGUCUCACAGAAGCAUUCAGUAUUAGCAAAGGGCUGGAAGGCAAACCACUGCUGGGUGCAAGACGGUGUGUUUGUUAGAGACUGCAUUGGUCUGAGUUAAAGUCAGAUCUGAUGUGCCAAAGCCACACGCUGCAGGUGAGCGGGCUGACUGUACUAAGAGGUCACCACUCCAGACAGCUUUAUAUUGCCACAGUUUUGGUCUGAAGAUCACCAUAAAGUGACAUCCUGAUUUCUGCUUUUAUAGGCUCUUCCUUUGGCCUGCAUUUUUGUAGCACUAGGGCAGCAUUUUACUUUUUGGAAGGAAAGGGUCUCUCACAGUAUGUUGUCUAAAAGUAACACUGCUUGCAAGGACAGACAUUUACUGCAGUCGUAAAUUCUGCAACUGAUGGAGAAAACAUGCUGAAAAUAAAGUUGUAGCUAGAGUACCUAGUUCAGAGAAAUUUGUGAUUUAACCAGCAGCCAAGCACCACUCAGUCACUUGCUCACUCCCCACCAUUGGGACUGGGAGAGAAUCAGAAGUAAAAGGUAGAAAACUGAUGGGUUGAGAUAAAAGACUGUUUAAUAGGAAAAGCAGAAGCUGUGCACAAUAGCAGAGCAAAACAAGAAAUUAACUCAGUCCUUCCCAUGGGCAGGCAGGUGUUCAGCUAUCUCCAGGACAGCAGGGCCCCAUCACAUGAACAGUUACUUGGGAAGAGAAAUGCCAUCACUCCAAAUGUCCCCCUCUUCUUCCCCCUACUUUAUAUACUGAGCAUGAUGUCAUAUGGUAUGGAAUAUCCCUCUGGUCAGUUGGGGUAUCUGUCCCAGCUGUGCCUCCUCCCGAGCAUUCCCAGUUUCCUCACCAGUGUGGGAGUACGAGAAGCAGAAAAGGCCUUGGCUCUGUAAGCCCUGCUUAACAGUAACAAAAACAUCUCUAUAUUAUCAACCCUGCGUUCAGCACCAAUCCAAAACACAGCCCCAUACCAACCACUGUGAAAAACAUUAACUCUACCCCAGCCAAAAUUAGCAGAAAUCUUAAUCAAUUACUCAUAACUAUGGGAUCACUUUUAUCAGUGGAGUUUUAACAAAAUAUUUAAUUUCAGUAAGCUUUCUUUCCCCCAAGCCUGGUGCAUGGUCUGUGACCAGUGUCCCCCUUCAUUUAGAAAUGCUAACAAUGUUGACAGCAGACCUAUCUGAAGGACAGUGGGCAUGAGCCUUGUGAGCAGUUUCUAUCCUGAUCUCGUUGGCCAGAUGUAAGAGGACUACUACAACCCUUUUCUUUCUGCAGUAUAUAGAACUGAGAUCUGAAUAGACAGUAUUUCAUUUUUAUAUUUUUCCUAUUCCAGAAUUCAGGAUACCAAUCACCUGUGACCCAUUAUCAUCCUUGUGCUAUGAAACAGAUGUCCAGCAUAUUAUGAGCAAUGGCAGACAGAGAGAAGUCUGGCUCAUGUAACCUUAUGAUGAUAACAUAAAAAAAAAGACACCUUCUGUUCAGAAUUCACAUGCAACUUCCAUUAGUCCCACAAAGUUGUACCUCUAUUUUAUAAGAAUUUCUCAUUUGUUAUUGUUAUUAAAGAGCAGAAACACGGUAAUUUAAGUUACUCCUUGCUUUCAUUUUCAAUGACAAAAAAAAUAGGGAGAAGGCACUUGUUUCAAUAAAAUAACUUCUGAAAUAGAAAAAUUCACACCUUUUAUGCUGGAAUAAGAGCAGCAGACGUAUAGAAAGAAUAAGGUUCUGCACAUCUGUUGUAAUUGCACAGAAGAGGAGCUGCCAAUAGCAUACACUACUUGGCCAUUUAAGGAACUCUGAUAACUGUCCACUUAAAUGCAACGCAUUUCCCUCAGGAAACAGAAAAGAGGUUUUAUUGUGCUCUGGUUCUCCUUCUUUCAGUAGCUUUUGAAAAUUAUGUAUGCAAUGGGUAUUUCCAGUUUAAUCAUAUUUUAGAAAUUCUAACUAUUACUUAAAACUCAAAUUCAGUGUAAUCAGCCCAUCUGUUAGCAAUGGUUAUAAAAUUAUGUUGAAGAUUAAAAAUCUGAUGCAGUGUCAAUAUGUCCUAGCAUAAUUAAGCUUGUUUUAUGAUGAAUGACUAGGAUAUGGCUUUUACCUACUUGAGCAGCUUUUAAAUGGUAAACCUUUUGCAGGCUUAAUGUAUAAAGUGUGAAGGUAUGUAUAGAACAACAAAAAUAUUGUAAAAACUCAGACCCUAUAUUCAUAGGUGUGGUAUCUUUACAGACCUUUGGAAAUGCCAGCAGAGUAAUUGCACAUCACAACCAAAUUCACUGCACUUCUCAGUCCAUCAAACACCAUCCUGAAUCUACCCUCCUCCUUGUAGAAUGACACCAAAACAGGAACUAAAAAUGCAAGCUUAAAUUUCUUAUUUGUUCUAGAAAGGCCCAGGAUGACCUGCAUAGGCACUGGUGGAAAAAUUAGCACAGCAUUCACUUUCAUGAAUUGAGGGUAAUGCUAAAAAUACUUACUCUCUUCUUCAGUACUUGAAGCAUUGCAACAUUAACAUUUUCAGCAUUUUAAUUCUAGCAUUACUGUGAAACAGCUAUAUAUAAUCAUCUCUAUUGGAAAACCAUUCUUUAUGUGGACACUCUUUAUCCCUUUGUAACAUGUCCUUGAGGAGGGGGGGUGAGGGAAAUCCAUUUUGCAAAAAUAAAACUACAUAAGCCCUUUAUACGGUCUAUGUGCUAAACUUCCUGCAAAGUCUUCCUCCCCUACAAACUCUGCCUGCAGAUGAAGUGUUUUAACCUUGCCCUCUUAAUUUAUUCUACAUUCUAAUUUUCAAUAAACAGAUGCCGCCUC